AUAUACCCAUUCAUCACCUAUUGAGGAGUACCCAUGGCCCCGUUUCUCCUUCUCCUCUUCACUAUUUUGCUUUCUUUUUCUCUCUACUAUCUCUUCUUCUCUAAGAAGAGAAGUUGCGCGCUUCGUCUUCCGCCGGGCCCGAAGGGCUGGCCCAUUUUGGGCAACUUGCCGCAGCUCGGCCCAAAACCCCACCACACUCUCCGCACGCUCUCCGAGGCCCACGGCCCGCUCUUCCGCCUCCGGUUCGGCUCCGUCGACGUCGUCGUCGCCUCCUCCGCCGCCGUCGCAGCCCAGUUCCUGAAGGCCCAUGACGCCAACUUCUCCAACCGCCCUCCGAACUCCGGAGCUGAGCACAUCGCUUAUAGCUACCGGGACCUGGUCUUUGCGCCCUACGGUGCGCGGUGGCGUGCACUCCGCAAGCUCUGCGCGCUCCACCUCUUCUCCGGGAAGGCCCUCGACGACCUGCGGCCGAUCAGGGCGCAUGAAGUAGGCUUGAUGGUCCGGUCCCUCGCCCGCUGGCCGGGUGGCAGCGGCGGAGGAUCAUCGGCGGCGGCGGCGGCGGCGGUCAACGUCGGCGAGGCCGCGAACAUAUGUGCGACAAACGCGCUGGCGCGGGCUCUGCUGGGGCGGCCGGUGUUCGAGGAGCGGGAGGAGGCGCGGGAGUUCAAGGAGAUGGUGGUGGAGCUGAUGCGGCUCGCGGGGGUGUUCAACGUCGGCGACUUCGUGCCGUGGAUCGCGUGGUUGGACCCGCAGGGGGUAGUCAAGAAGAUGAAGCGACUGCAUCGGAGGUACGACGAGUUUCUAGACAGGCUCAUUGCGGAGCGGCGGCGGGAGGAGGCCGUGGGGGGCGGGGAUUUUCUCGGCGUGCUGCUGAGCUUGACAGAUCAGGAGCCGGCAGGAGGACAGGAGGAGGGGAGGAUUACGGAUACGGAUGUCAAGGCUCUGCUUCUGAAUUUGUUCACUGCUGGGACUGAUACCUCAUCUAGCACCGUCGAAUGGGCCUUAGCGGAGCUAAUCCGCCACCCGGAAAUCCUCAAACAGGCCCAGCUCGAGCUCGACUCGGUCGUGGGCCGGACCCGGAUCGUGUCGGAGUCCGACCUCCCGAACCUCCCCACAUUGCAGGCCAUCAUCAAAGAGACGUUCCGGCUCCACCCGUCGACGCCGCUCUCCCUCCCCCGCAUCGCCGCCGAGGCGUGCGAGAUCGACGGCUACUGCAUUCCUAAGCGGGCCACGCUCCUCGUCAACGUAUGGGCCAUCGCCCGCGACCCGGCUAUAUGGCCCGACCCGCUCGAAUUCCGCCCGGCCCGAUUUCUCCCGGGCGGGCGCCACGAGAACGUGGAUGUUAAAGGGAGUGACUUUGAGCUCAUACCGUUCGGGGCCGGACGGAGGAUUUGCGCGGGUUUGAGCUUAGGACUGCGUAUGGUGCAGCUCAUGACGGCUACGCUUGUACAUGCCUUUGAUUGGACUCUACCGGACGGGCAACCGCCGGAGAAGUUGGAUAUGGAAGAAGCCUAUGGGCUCACAUUGCAACGGGCUGCGCCUUUAGUGGCGCGCCCCGUGCCUAGGCUUCUUCCGGAAGCAUACGUAUCGAUUAUGCAAUAAUUACAAAUUAUUUACUGAAUCUAUCGAAAUGUUACAGUAUUUGAUUAUUUGCUUAUGUUUGUUGUCAAAGUAAUAUGAUUGUACGCAAGAAUGCAGACUUUCAAUAUAAUUGGUUUGGUGAGAUCGAGGAUUUCAAACUCCAAUUUCAAUAUAAA